GUCCCCGCCCCGGCUCCGCCCCGGCGGUGCCUGCGCUCGGGGCGGCGGAGGCGCAGCGCCGGGCCGCGGCGGGGGUCGGGGCGCCGCCGCCCGGGCAUGAGCGCCGUGCGCCCCGCUGCGCCGCCGGUCCCGCGCCGCCGCUAGCGGCGCCGAGCCGAGCCGAGCCGAGCCGAACCGGGGCGGCGGCUGCUGCUGCUGCUGCUGCGGCCGGGCCGCGCCGCGCCGCGGGGGCUGCCCGGGCCGCGCCGCGCCGCCGGGCGAUGUGAAUGGCGCUGGGGGUGCGCGGCGGGGCCGACAUGGAGUGGGAGAAGCUGGCGCGGCGGCCCGGGCUGGCGCUGCGCGGGGAGCGGCCCGAGGAGGGCGAGGGGGAGGCGGCGGGGCCGUGGCCGGGCUGCGGGCGGCUGCGGCCCUCCUCCUACCGGGCGCUGCGCAGCGCCGUCUCCACCCUGGCGCGCAUCGACGACUUCUACUGCGAGAAGAUCGGCGCCGGCUUCUUCUCCGAGGUCUUCAAGGUGCGGCACCGCCAGUCGGGGCAGAUCAUGGUGCUGAAGAUGAACAAGCUGACCAGCAACCGGGGCAACAUGCUGCGAGAGGUGCAGCUGAUGAACCGUCUCUCACACCCCAACAUCCUUAGGUUCAUGGGGGUCUGUGUGCACCAGGGACAGCUGCACGCGCUGACGGAGUACAUCAAUGGUGGGAACCUGGAGCAGCUGCUGGACAGCCCUGUGCCCCUCUCCUGGUCCAUGCGUGUCAAACUGGCCCUCGACAUUGCCCGUGGCCUGCGCUACCUGCACUCCAAGGGCAUCUUCCACCGCGACCUCACCUCCAAGAACUGCCUGGUGCGCUGUGAGGCGAACGGCUACACGGCCGUGGUGGGCGACUUUGGCUUGGCGGAGAAGAUUCCCACCUACAGCGAGGGCAGUGAGAAGGAGCCACUGGCCGUCGUGGGCUCCCCGUACUGGAUGGCGCCUGAGGUGCUGCGAGGGGAGAUCUACAAUGAGAAGGCCGACGUGUUCGCUUACGGCAUCAUCCUGUGCGAGACCAUCGCUCGCGUCCCCGCUGACCCUGACUACUUGCCCCGCACUGAGGACUUCGGUCUGGACGUCACCACUUUCCGCAACAUGGUGGGAAUCGACUGCCCGGCGGCCUUCCUCCAGCUCGCUUUCCACUGCUGCAGUAUGGAGCCGACGUCCCGGCCCUCGUUCCUGGAGAUCACGCAGUGCCUGGAGGGCAUCCUGCAGCACCAGCUGGUGGCCGAGGGCCAUAGGGCCGCUCUCUUCAUCGACGGGGAGAGCUUGCCCGCUCCGGGGACGGCGUCCGCACUGAACGGGGUAGCCGGGAGGGCAUCAGGCCGCGCCGAGCAGUCACCGCUGCGUGAGUUGGGGACACAGCACCUGCAGCCGGACCAGCGCCUGUCCCGCAGCCAGUCCGACAUGUUCCCCCCCAAAUCGCCCGCCUUGCUGCGGCCGCCCGAGCCCUAUGGUGGGGCCAGGACCAAGGAGACGCCGCCGCGCGUCAACCCCUUCUCCCAGCGCGAGGACCUGAAGGGUGGGAAGAUCAAGCUCUUCGACACGCCAAGCAAGUCCGUCAUCUCGCUCACCUUCGAGCUGCCACCCCCGGCCUCGCUGCAGCUCAGCACCCCCGUGACGCCUGAGCCCGCCGUGGAGGUGCAGUGUGACUUCUCGGCCCCCACCGCAGCCCCGCGCAAGUGCCACUCGCUGCCCGCCUCCCCGGAGCUGCCGCGCCGCGGUGGCUUGGCGCUGGGCAUGGGGCCCCCGCGCAAUGCCCCCGCUGAGCCCCGGCCUCGCAGCCCCCUACCCGCGCCAGCCCGCACCAGGGGGCCGGAGGUGGUGGGGCGAGCCUCCCCGCCGGGCCCCGCUGCGGAGGAGCGGAUGGACUGCGGCCCCGACAGCCCUGAGCCCCCCACGCUGCCCAACAGCAACUUCAUCAGCACGGCGGCCUCAGGCGCCCAGCCCUGGCCGCCAGAGCCGCGGCCCCCCAACGGGCUCCUCUUCAACAACAACCACGUGGUGGUGAGCAAGCCGCUCGCCUGGGGUGCCGGGCUGGAGCACGGCUUCUCCGAGCUGAGCAUCCCCUGCGCGGCGGCGCUGGAGCGGACGGAGCGCACGGCCAUGCUGCCCGGGCACAGCCCCAGUGCCGUGCUGGAGCAGGAUGAGGUGCUGGCCUGCCCCGGCUGCUGCCUGGGGCCCUUCAGCUUCAGCUUCGCCUCCGUCUGCCACCGGCCCACCCCCAGCCCACCACGCUACCAGAACCUCAACUGCGAGGCCAAGAGCCUCCUCUACCACCAGAAACCCCCGGCGCCAACCCUGGCGGAGCCCAGCCUCAAGCUGCCAGAAGCACAAUCCUAGUGCUGGGGACACACGGGGCUGGGGAUGCAUCCGGGCGCCCCUUGGACCCCGCCUUGACCUCAGCGUGGGGCCGCUCCGGGAGCCCUGAGGGUCCUCACGGCCUGUCGUGGCUCGCUUACCUGGAGCCCAGCCGCUGCUGGUGGCCGUGACGUCUGGGUGCCGCUGCUGCCCCGGCGGGUGCUGCGGUGGCGACGCCAACGGGCACUGCUGAGGAGCUCGAGCUCGCGUCCUGGCAGGGUUCAUCCUCUGGAGCCUGCGGGGAGCCGCUGGGGAGGGCAGAAGCUCCCCCCUGCCCUGCCUGUGCCCGGCCCCGGGGGUCCCCGCUGGGGGUCCCGGGGCUGCACCGGGGCGUUGCUGGGGCUGAAGUGCAAUAACACCGCCAUUUCGGGCACGCGCCAGCGCCGCCCCGGGCGGCAGGGCUGGUUCCCCCGCAGUGCCACUGUCCCCACUUGAGCCACGGGUGCGGGAGCCCCAUGCCCAGGGCUUGCCCCCUCCGCAGGCUCUUGCAGGGGGUUGUGCAGUGGCCCCGCUCCGGCGCUGCCCCCCGCCCGGAGCAACAUCCUCCUGUAACAUGCUGCUCUCCUCCCCGUGGCCUCUUGGGUCUGCAUGCCCAGCCAGGGGGCUGAGCAGGGCCCGGUGGGGUACAGAGUGGUUGGUGUGUGUAUGUGCGUGUGUUGGGGGGCCCCGUCGGGCUGGGGGGGGGGGGGGGCGUCCCGGCUGCCGCUCCACCAGUGUGGAGAGCAUGCCUGGUCUCGGAUGUGGGGGGGAGGCGGCGUGGCGAGCGGUGGGGCAGGGGAGAGGGGCGAUGCCCGUCGGGGCAGUGCAUGGGGAAGAUGUGCAGGGCUGGGGUUUCUCGGUGCCGUAUAGCGCCCCGCGCCAGCACGCUUCCCGCGGCCCACGGGGUCGAGAGCAGGGCGGUGGCAGGGAGGCCAGGGUGCUGUCCUGCCCCGGCGCCGUGCCUGGGAGGUGACACCGCUGUGCUCCCGAGCUGGGGCGUCCCCAGGGCCAGCCAGCGCCUCCCGGCCAGCCGUGGAGCAGCCUGGGGAGAAGGAGCCUGUGUGCAGCACGGCCGAGCUGCCCAGCCCCUAGCAAGGGUGGGAGCCGGCUUUCCUCCCUCCCACACAAUGCACUGGUGAAUGCAAAACUCUUGUGUUUUUUAUUAUUAUUAUUAUUAUUAAUAAUUGCUAGUAAUAUAUACCCAGCUUAUUUAAAGUGUUCAAUAAAACUGAAUGUCCUAGCG